UAUCCGGUUGACGCGAUAGAUGAGCCACCGCACGCACCACGAAAUGUGUGAGAUUCCCGCUGGCUGUUUGAAUUGCUUAAAUUCAACUUCAAAUCCAAUUUAUCAAACAGUUUGGUUCCGCACUCGCACGUUUUCGGGCUGGUUAGAAGACCGCCACGAGCCGCUAGGAAUUAGGAUUUCCAUCGAAACCAGCGGUCAUCAUCAUCAUUCAUCAUCGUCGGCUUCGGCAUUGGUUUGCAAAAUUGACUCAUAAGUUGAUCUGAACGCCGAUGCAGUAGUGAGUGAUCGCGGUCAUUAUCAAGGAAAGUGCUAAUCACAAUGAAGAUCAUCAUCGCAUGGGCAUUUCCGGUGUUUGUGAUACUUGGGAUAUCGAAAGUGAGCGGAAAGGAUGAAGAUUUCAACAUCGACGUGAAGCAGAAGAAUGCCGAAGUGUACCAUGAGCAGAGCUCGAAGAAUAAUGAGUUCAACUACGGCUACCAGGUCGAGAAAGAGAACAGCCAAUUUCAGCACAAGGUGAAAGGACCAGAUGAUGUUACUUACGGAUGCUACGGCUAUAUCGAUCCAAACAACGAGAAACACCUGGUGUAUUACGUGGCGGAUCGGCUGGGAUAUAGAUUGGUUCCGCCCAAUCAACCUACGAAGAUUUUUACCGAAAGAGUUGCUAGUAGCAUAAACAAGCUGAACAAAGAUUUAGAAGACAAGAAACUCGAUGAAAAAGUGGUAGCAUGGAAUGACCUCUAUCUUCCCGAAUCUUGUCGAAGACUUGAUGAAAUUUUGACAAUCACAACGGCCGCUCCUCGUCCGGGUCAAGCCAAUUCAGGAACAGGUGUUAAAAUUUCAGUACAGAAUACAAGCCCGAAAACAACUACGAGAGCACCGCUAGUAAUCACAACACCGGCGAACAACAAUUUCCGAAAUCCAAUUCCAGUAUCCCGUGUGGUGGUUUCUACAACAGAGUCUUUUCUAAAGAAACAGCCAUUUACAGGAAGCAGUCUUCUUUCUGGCGAGACAGCUACAACGGCAAGAUCAUCUCCGGAUCGUUAUAGACAGCAAUCAAACGCUACCUUGCCAAAGACGAUCGCUUCGCCAUACGCAGAAGAUACAUACGACCCUGUAUACGUUUCACCUGUAGGACCUUCCAUUAUCACCACCGUUGCUCCAGAAACACCGGGAUAUACCUAUCCUGUUCCGAAAAAUCGACGACCGACGACAGACGACCAGACGUCCAAAACAGAAACGAAAAACAUUCGUCUUCAUCAGCCACUCUCGUUCGAGCUCACAACUACCAACACACGACGCAAAAUAUGCUGCCCACCGUGCAGCUACCGGGCGUUCCAAAUAUCGUUGACAACGAUAUUUGCUGUCCGCCCGGUCGCACCCCGGUUUAGCCCCGGGCACUGCCCGGUUGCCGUAGUGUGA